UUAAAAAAGAUCUUUUAUUUAGAAAUGUUCAAGUCAAGGUUUAACUGCCAAGGUCAUGUUGCGUAACACCGACCCCGGCCAAUCACAGCCUCCGAACCCGACACUUCAACCAAUCAGUUUGCAGAGGAAAAGGGAGCGUGCGUGUGCGUGUGCAUGUGCGUGCGUGUUAAAGGUCAACCGGCCCGCUGUGGACUUAUUAUUUGCUUAUUAAGUGUCAGGUGGUGUCUGAUGGACCAAUGAGAGGCCAAAAAUAAACCCGACGUUACACAAUAACUGACCUGCGCUUCACGAGGCUUCGGUCUUAAAACAUUUAGAAAACCCGAAGCAGGAGCUCAGUGCAGCAGCAGCAGCUCUCUGUGCACCUGGAUGGAGAUGUGGAGCUCGGCGCUGUUCCUGCUGGUUGGAUUGAGUCCUGCAGUCGUGUUCCUGCUGCAGCUUCCGGACUACACCGCCACGCAGGAAGGACUCUGGCAGGACUACAAACAUGGCCACCAAGGCCCCGACUCGCCCGGCAAAAGGCCCUUCUGCUCCUGGAAGUGUCUGCUGCUCAGCCUGCAGUGGCCCGGAGCCUUCUGUCAGUCUGUGGACAAAGAAACUCUCUGCAAGAUUCCUCUGAGUAUCAACAACUGGACGAUCCACGGUCUUUGGCCUCAGAAGGUAGGGCGUUGCUGCAGCUGCUGGCCCAUGUUUGAGUCUGACGUUCAGGAGCUGGACCCUGAGCUGAAUGAACACUGGCCGUCGCUGCUGAAGUCUCAACCCAGCUUCCACUUCUGGAAACAGGAGUGGGAGAAACACGGAGUGUGUGCGGCGUGUGUUGAAGGAAUGAACUCUCCACUCAGAUACUUCCAGAUCAGCCUCAAGCUACGAGGACAGUUAGAUAUCCAGAGGCUUCUGGAGGACGCUGGAAUCAAUCCGUCCUGUGAGCGUCCUUAUAAGCUGGGGGAGGUUCAGUCGGUUUUGACUCCACAUCUGGGAGACAAACACGAGGUCCAGUGUGUCACAGACGACCAGGGCAGAGAGGUGUGGUUCCAGGUGAAGAUCCCGAUCUCUCGCAACCUGACUGUGGGCUGCGAUCACCACGGCGACCCGGAGGCCCAGGACUCCCUCCAGGGGCACCCCUGCCCCCCCCAGGUCCCGUUCUACUACCUGCCCAUCGACCACGAGGCCCCGCGGCGGCCCUGCGGCUAACGGCGGCGCUCAC